GCUACAGCUGAGCUGAUGGUGGACUGGAGGCGCGCGGCUGUAGCAGGAUGGCUCACACCAAACACACGAUGUCCACUGAUGUGGAGAGUCGGAGGCGACGGUCCACUGAGAGCUCAGAGCCCCUUUGGGACCAUGACCCCAAAGGUCGUCGCUGUAGCUCCCAGUGUGACAGACUGUGUGUAGCUGGAGCAUAUCUUGAGAUCCCAGAUACUCCUUCCCCCUGCACCUCCCAGUAUUGCGGACACUACACCCCAAAAUGUCUCUCUGCCCACAGUGAUUCGGGGCAUUCACGGUGCACAGAUGACGUUUGGCAAGAAGCGAGCAUCAGAACCACCAUCCGAGCAGAAAACGAGUUCGAGGCACAUAAACUUGCCAAUAACUACAAGUUUGGUUUCAGGAAAUGGAAGAGUCAUGUAACCGAACGACCCAUUGAAGACAGAUCUGAUGUAGUUAAGGAGCUUUAUUCUGAGCUCAACUAUAUCAAACAUCAUUCAGGAUCACUCAUCACUGCUGGGAAUGUAAUAUAUGUAUUGCUCUUUGGCUGGUGGAUCUCCAUAUUUUACUUCUUGGUUAGUCUGCUGAUGUUUUGCACCAUUGCUGGUAUCCCAUAUGGAAAACUCUGUUUGCAGCUGUCGGGUUAUUUCUUAUGGCCAUUUGGAAAGGCAUUACAGAAAAGCAGCAGCCUGUUGAGGAAAUGUUGUGUGAAAUUCCCACAUUGUGAGGCCAUUCCAGAGGAGGUGGAUGAAGUAAAGGAGUCUUCGGAGGUGAAAGAGUCUACACCUUUGCUGCGCUGUGCUCCCACAGAAAUCCCUGUGACAACACCGCCUCCAAAACAGACGCGUUACUGGUGUCGGAUGAGUACGUAUGUUUGGCUGGUGUUGGGAUACCCCCUGCUGGCUGUGGUUCAUUUCCUGGCCAUCUUCCUGUCCUGGAUGAUGGUUUUCACCAUCCCUGUGUCAAAGAUGAACGUCAGGACCUUGAGCAUCAUCCUGCUUAUGCCACCAGAGGAGGUCAAAGUUCGGACUGUGAAAAAGCCACAAGGUUGUGAGACCAGAGUUCUGCUGUGCUGUUACCGUGCCUUCAACUGGUACUACUACAAAUACACUGUGGAUGGGAUCAAUGUGUUUGCUGUCAACCUGUUGCCGCUGGUUAUUUUCACUCUGGUGAUUGGCUACGUGGACCGAGAUAAUUAUUAUGUGAGCUCAGAGGCAAAGUUUGCCAUAGCAUUGAGCUCCAUUAUCCCAUUGUCUUACUACAUUGGGAUGGGGAUAGCAAGUAUUUCCGCACAGAGUAACUUUGCAGUGGGAGCGGUAGUAAAUGCCACGUUCGGCUCGAUUACAGAGAUGGCCUUCUACAUCACAGCUUUGCUGCAGGGUCAUCGCGCAGGAAACAAGUGCUAUGCAGAGAUCGUCAAAUCUGCUCUGACCGGCACGCUGCUGGGCUGCAUCCUCUUCAUACCUGGCAUCUGUAUGAUCAUCGGCGGCUGCAAACACAGUGAGCAGCGGUUCAACAGCAGGUCGGCAGGAGUCAGCUCGGCUCUGCUUUUCAUAUCAGUAGGAGGUGUUUUCACCCCCACACUGUUUUCAAAGGCUUAUGGAAACUUUAUAUGUGAGGGCUGUAACAUCUCGCUUAGUAACACCACAAAGCCCUUCAUUUGUAAUAACUGCCACUAUGACCUGAGUGAAAACAACCGACCCCUCUUUUUGAGUCAUAUCGAGCCUUUAGUGUACACAAUCUCUGUCCUGUUGCCUGCUGCGUAUCUUAUUGGUCUGAUCUUCACGCUUAAGACUCAUUCGCAUAUUUAUGAUCUCCACAUUAGUGAUGCCCACUGUCAUGUUAUUAGCGACCAUGGUGCAGUGGUUCACUGGUCUAGAGCGAGAGCUCUAGUGGUGCUCAUUUUGGCUACGGUGUUGAUGGCAGCUUGCGCUGAUCUCAGCACUGAGCACAUCAAACCUAUCAUUUCCAAUUCCAGUGUCUCACAGUAUUUUAUUGGAGUUACUAUAUUGGCCAUGGUUCCCGAGCUUCCUGAGAUAGUCAAUGGGAUCCAGUUUGCUCUUCAGAACAACAUCAGCCUCAGCCUGGAAGUGGGGAGCUGUAUUGCAGUUCAGGUGUGCAUGUUGCAGAUACCGCUACUGAUCUUUUUCAAUGCUUUUUACGAUGUUGGAUUCGUUCUCAUAUUCAGUGAUUUACACCUCUGGGCAAGCAUCUUUAGCGUGAUUCUGGUCAACUACAUAUUUAUGGAUGGAAAGUCGGACUACUUUCAGGGAACCGCUCUGGUGGUCGUGUACCUAAUUCUUCUGGCUUUGUACUUUUUUGCACCUGCUCCUCUUGGAUGUUAAGAAAAAUGACUUUUUCCUUGUCUUUUAUUGUUGGCGUGUUUGUAUGUGUAUUUUUGUCUUAUAUACUAUAAAGUUCUUUAUACGGAAUAUUUUCCAGCAUGUGACGUAUGAGAGCUCUUUUUGAGAACUUUUGAGCCUUAUAGAAGCUGAGAGCAAUUUCACCAUGUGUUUACUUAAAAAUGCAUAAUAUUUUACAUUUACACACACACAAAAAGUAAAAGAAACAGAUGUAGCAAUGAAUCACAAUGAAAUUAUAAUAAAUGUUGUAUUCCUUUCAUUCACUUUUCUUGAACUUUUGUAAACACUAGAGAUUCAACACACCACCAGUUGGAAGAAGUUUAUUAAUUAUUCAACAAUAAAACACAAAACUGGUACACAAGUUACAGGUAACUGGUGAGUACCUUGAACAUUUGCUGCACAACUGAGGAAUCGAAGUCCAGCGAGACCCCUCGUCUCAAAAAAACACAAAUGUAGGGACUCCCGUCACUCCAUUCAGACUGAGUGAAAAAUUUAACUGUGCUGCUGAAAUCAUUUCUGAAAAUAAAUGUGUAGUUGUCACAGUCUGCACGUCGCCUGUAUGACAAAGCACCCUUAAAUCCUGACCCAUGCAAACAGGAAUCCAGUCAUGCAGAAAGAAAAUGGCAGAAGGUGGGUGGGUACUGGGUAGGCACAUAUUAUGGGCAUGUAUGUGACCUAAUAUCAGGAAGAAAAAGCUACUUUGUCAACAUAAAUCAAAUUUUACUGGGUGUAAUAGCAAUUAUUAAUCUUUUAACAUUUUACUCAACUAUAUCAAUUGCUGGUGCCUAAUGAAUGUAGUUAAAUGGCCAAGAACUGUAACGGGUUAAAUAACCCAACAAGGCAAAACACAUCAACUCUGAAUUCAAGAUGCUGUAUUUGGCAUUGCGGCCAGAGAUGUUUUGAAUUCAGAGCUUGAUUUUUUUUUGUUUGAUCAGCAUAGUAAAAGAAGCGCCGCUACAUUAUUGCUAAAUGACAGGAAGGUUAUCUGUUUUUCUGUACAGAUAUACACAAGGCCCAAAAUAUCAUUAGCAUUGUGCUGACCAAAUGGUUUUAAAUUUAGAUAGUUUUAUUUAUUGUAAAUGCAUCAAGUGCUAGAAAGCUUGAUGAAAAUGGCAAGUGCGCAUCUGUUGUAUUAUAAAUUCAGGUCAGCUUGUUCUAGAAUAGAAUUUGAGUUAAAUAAUAAUAAAGUGCUUUUAGCAAGGCUUUGUUCAAUUUAGCACAUUAUCACAUCUUGCUUAGUAAAGGCACUGUCAAUGUGUCAGUUUGAACAUUUGGAUGAGGGAUGAUUUAAGGAAAAAUUUUAUUUCAGUAAAAGCAUUAAAAGUAAAUUAAGGAGCACCUUAUUCACAGUGAUGUAACGAUUGGUUUACAAAACUGGGUGAAACAUGGGAACAGCUCUGCAAUGACUGUACAGCUUUGUUGACAUUACUUGGUCUGGUGUUUGUGCCUAAAUGCAGAUGUAACUGCAGAUCUGAGCAACAGCAUCCAACCUAAAAAUCAACAUUCUCGGUUAAAACCCAUUUUGUUAAAAUAUUCAACUUUUCAACACUGUUUUGCACCGUUUUCACUGAAGUAAAGCCUUAAAUCCCAAUCCCAGACAUCAAGAGUUCUGCAUAAGUCUGUUCAGAUAUCCAAACAGUUGCCUGGAAACUCAAGCUAAUCGAACCCUGAUUACAUCUCUGCUGAUUAAAUAUUCAUGCCGUGGUGUGGUGAUUAAUAAAACUUAAAUAAUUCUUUGACAGGAGAGGAAAUAGAAUUAAGAUGCAUCAUUAAAAUCAACUCAACAUGUCCCCCAGGUCACUACUGAAGGCCAAUAAAUAACAAUAUUACAAUCUCAAGAAAGAAAGAAAUAA